CCCCACCCAUUCUAGCCUCCAUAUAUUGUUAGCACACACACAUAUCUUUCACAGAGUUCGAACUACAAGAACUACCAGAGGAAGAAGAAGAAGAAGCAGCAACAAGUUCUAGGAAGCACAGAUUUUUAUCACCAUUUCUGAAUCCGAAUGAGAAGAAAACGAUCUCAAAUGGCUCAUCAAAUCUCUCUGCAGAAACCCAUCAUCCAAAACACUCCAGUUCUACCAAAGAUGCAAGAAUAUGGUGAGCAGAUCUUAAAGAAAAAUGACAGUUUUAUGGAGCUGCAAGGAAGCACGUCACGAAAGAUGCAUGAAAACGAGGAAGUUUCAGUAAUGGAUGGUCAUGAUUCAGCUGCUGCAGAAGGUGAUGAUCAUGUUGUUGUUCUGGAUCAAGAUCCCACGGCGGCGGCGGCGGAAGAGGAAGAGAGUGGACGUGAGAGGUUGAAGAAGCACAGAAUGGAGGUGGCCGGACAGGUUUGGAUUCCGGAUAUUUGGGGGCAGGAGGAGUUGCUGCAGGAUUGGAUUGACUGUUCAGCUUUUGAUGCUUCUUUGUUUCCGAGCGGGAUUAUGACUGCUCGUUCUGCGUUGGUUGAGGAGGGGAGGAGAGAAAACUCCGGCAGAUUAAGAAUAGAAUACAGGUGUUGAAUAUUCAUUAAUGAUAAUUUAAUCUUCUUAUUAGUUUUAUAAGAUCAUUAAUCUUUGUUUUAAUAAUUAUAAUGAUCAUUACAAUGUUUCUUCCCAGUGAUUUUUUUUUUAAUUUUCUAUUAUUAAGUGGAGAUGAAGAUUUGAAACUA